UACUUAGGGUGCAUGCUUGGGAGAAGACUUGGUACAUGGACUUUAACGUACACCAAAGGGCUCCAGCAGCACCAGCAAGCCAACCAGAACUGUUUGAAGAUACCAGUACUCCGCAACAGGUAGGCAGACCGCAGCCCCAGGCUACACCCUCAUUCCAACAAUAUGGGACAAUACAUCCAGGACCCUAUAGUGGCCAACAUGGCCAUGGAAUACGGCUCCUCUUUAGCUACCUCGGGCAAAGCAUACGUGGAGCAAAAUUUGGAUCGCUACAUACCAGUGUCACGUGUAAAGUUCUAUUUCGCCGUUACCACCGACUAUGUGAUCCACAAGUUGAUGCUGCUUCUCUUUCCUUUCCUCAACAAGGAGUGGGGAGCCUAUAACAAUGCAGGAGGAGAACCGACCAGACAUCUCAACUCACCAGAUCUCUACAUCCCCGUUAUGGGCUUCGCUACCUACGUUGUGGCUGUAGCUGUCGCUCUCGGCAGUCAGGGGAAGUUCUCACCAGAAAUGCUAGGAAUAACAGCCACCACAGCAUUUGUGUGGCUCAUGAUAGAGAUCGGAAUAGUUCAGCUAGCUAUGUACCUGAUUAGUGUCAGUACCGAUAUCAAGAUAUUCGACCUCGCCUCCUUCUCUGGAUACAAAUUCGUUCAUAUGAUAGUAUGUGUUGUUGCCGCCAUGGUUCUCGGGUCGACCGGUUACUAUCUCUCCUUCAUAUACUCCAGUGCUGCUAUUGUAUACUUCCUGAUCUGCACGUUGCGGUAUAUAAUCCUCCCUGACUCUAACGAAGACAGAAUAGCCCGCGGCAGUAAACGCCGAAACAACCUCCUUCUUCUCAUCGCCUUUAUUCAGCCUCUUAUCAUAUUCUGGCUGACACACCAUGUCACGUACGGGCCGGAUCCUGUUCCUUUAACUAAAAUAUGAACUGGACUCUGAAUUUCUUAGUUUUGCUAGCUGGGCUACGAUGCAUUGAUUUGCUAUUAAUUCUUAUUUCUUCAUUUUCAGACGUUUUCGUGAAUUUUCUGAUUUUAUUCAAUUUAAUACCUGCCUUCUCUCCGACCACUAACAUUUCACGAUGAAUUUUGUGGUUAUUUCCUAAAAACUUUCCUAAUAUGCAAUAGCACUAAUACCAGUUGUAUUGUUAAAGGUAAAUGAUUCUAAAGAAUAUUUGCUUUUGAAAUUGUUUGUUGUCGCCCAACACUGUAGAAAUAUCGUAUAUAUGUAUUUGGUUUAUAUCACAUUAAA